GUCCUCUGUAGCUCUGCGACUUUCAGGAGGCUUUCCUCUAUCCUCAGAACUCUGUUUGGAAAAUCCCCCCUCAAGAGCGGGACUCAAAGCACAUUGACUCUACAGGAGGCAGCAGAAAGGCACCAUGUCGGCAGAAACACCAACCACCCUGAAUAUGGACAUUCGGGAUCUGCAGAUCCAGACAGUCACUGUUGAGAAGCUGCUGGAGCCUCUGAUAAUCCAGGUUACCACACUUGUAAAUUGUCCGCAGAAUCCUUCCAACAGGAAAAAGGGACGUUCAAAGAGAGCCAAAGUUCUCCUGGCUUCUGUGGAGGAAGCAACUUGGAAUCUGUUAGACAAGGGGGAGAAGAUCGCCAAGGAAGCGGCAGUUUUAAAGGAGGAGCUCACAGCUGCGCUCCAGGAAGUUCGCAAAGAGAGCAAUGCUCUGAAGGUAUCGGCCGAGAGAUUUACAGAUGACCCCUGUUACCUCCCGAAAAGGGAGGCUGUGGUUCAAGCCGCCCGCGCCUUGUUGGCAGCAGUGACAAGACUCCUUAUCCUUGCGGACAUGAUUGAUGUCAUGUGUCUCUUGCAGCAUGUGUCAUCUUUCCAAAGAACAUUUGAGUCUCUCAAAAAUGUUUCCAACAAAUCUGACCUCCAGAAGACCUACCAGAAGCUUGGGAAGGAGCUGGAAACCCUGGAUUAUUUAGCCUUUAAACGUCAGCAGGACUUAAAAUCUCCAAGCCAGAGGGAUGAAAUCGCAGGGGCCCGGGCCACCUUGAAGGAGAACUCCCCCCUCUUGCAUUCGAUUUGUUCAGCUUGCUUGGAACAUUCCGAUGUUGCUUCGCUCAAAGCCAGUAAGGACACAGUCUGUGAAGAGAUUCAGAAUGCUCUUGAUGUAAUUUCAAAUGCUUCCCAAGGCAUCCAGAAUGUGCCAGCGCUUUCUGAACCUCAGGCGGCAACCCUGGGAAGCGCUCUUGAUGAGCUGGAGAAUUUAAUUGUCCUGAACCCACUCACAGUGAAAGAGGAAGAAAUAAGACCAUCACUGGAGAAACGCCUAGAGGCCAUCAUCAGUGGGGCUGCCCUGUUGGCUGACUCUUCCUGCACCAGAGACUUCCACCGAGAGCGGAUUAUCGCUGAGUGCAAUGCCAUCCGCCAGGCUCUCCAGGAUCUGCUGACGGAGUACAUGAACAACACUGGAAAAGCAGAGAAGAGUAAUACCCUGAAUGCCGCCAUAGACAACAUGAGCAAGAAGACGAGAGACCUCCGCAGACAGCUCCGCAAAGCUAUUAUAGAUCAUGUAUCAGACUCUUUCUUGGACACAACAGUUCCACUCCUGGUUCUCAUUGAAGCUGCUAAGAAUGGCCGAGACAAGGAAAUCAAAGAAUAUGCUGCGAUAUUUCAUGAGCACACAGGCAGACUUGUGGAGGUGGCAAACCUUGCCUGUUCCAUGUCAACAAAUGAAGAUGGGAUUAAAAUCGUCAGAAUUGCCGCAAAUCACCUGGAAACCCUGUGUCCACAGAUUAUAAAUGCUGCACUUGCUUUGGCAUCAAGACCCAAGAGUCAAGUGGUCAAAAACACCAUGGAAAUGUAUAAGCGCACAUGGGAGCAUUACAUCCAUGUUCUCACUGAAGCAGUGGAUGACAUCACCAGCAUUGAUGACUUCCUGGCUGUAUCUGAAAGCCACAUCCUGGAAGAUGUCAACAAAUGCAUCAUAGCCUUGAGGGACCAGGAUGCUGAUAACUUAGACCGAGCUGCAGGUGCCAUCCGAGGACGAGCUGCAAGAGUAGCUCACAUUGUCACAGGGGAAAUGGACAGUUAUGAACCAGGUGCUUACACGGGUGGUGUGAUGAAGAAUGUCAACUUCCUCACAGGCACGGUGAUUCCAGAGUUUGUGACACAAGUCAAUGUUGCCUUGGAUGCCUUAAGCAAGAAUUCGCUGACUGUGCUUGAUGAUAAUCAGUUUGUGGACAUCUCCAAGAAGAUCUACGACACAAUCCAUGAUAUCAGAUGUUCAGUCAUGAUGAUUCGGACUCCAGAGGAACUGGAGGAUGUUUCUGACCUUGAAGAAGAUCAUGAGGUCCGGAGCCACGCCAGCAUUCAGACAGAAGGGAAAACUGACCGAGCUAAGAUGACUCAACUGCCUGAGGCAGAGAGGGAAAAGAUUGCCGAGCAAGUCGCUGAUUUCAAGAAGGUGAAGAGCAAGCUGGAUGCUGAGAUCGAGAUCUGGGACGAUACAAGCAAUGACAUCAUUGUUCUCGCCAAGAAGAUGUGUAUGAUCAUGAUGGAGAUGACGGACUUCACGAGGGGAAAAGGACCACUAAAGCAUACCACUGAUGUAAUCUAUGCAGCUAAGAUGAUAUCAGAGUCAGGAUCAAGGAUGGAUAUUCUCGCUCGGCAGAUUGCUAACCAGUGUCCAGAUCCACCUUGCAAACAGGACUUGCUGGCUUAUCUGGAACAGAUUAAAUUCUACUCCCACCAGCUGAAAAUCUGCAGCCAAGUUAAAGCUGAGAUCCAAAACCUGGGGGGCGAGCUCAUCAUGUCAGCCUUGGAUAGUGUCACCUCCCUGAUCCAGGCAGCCAAAAAUUUAAUGAAUGCUGUGGUGCAAACAGUGAAAAUGUCGUACAUUGCUUCCACCAAGAUCAUCCGCGUCCAGAGUUCUGCAGGGCCCCGCCACCCGGUUGUCAUGUGGAGAAUGAAGGCUCCGGCCAAGAAGCCCUUGAUUAAAAGGGAGAAGCCAGAAGAAACGUGUGCAGCUGUCAGAAGAGGCUCAGCAAAGAAAAAGAUCCACCCCGUUCAAGUCAUGAGUGAAUUUAGAGGGAGACAAGUCUACUGAGGCUCUAGUCCACUCCAGUGCCCAUUGCCACACCCCAGGCCAACCGCACUGCUUUAUUUCACAGUUCAUUGGUUGUUUAAUUUCACUAAGUUUCAGAGUUAAGCUCACAAGUAACAUAAAGCAUUGGGGUUAAGCCACUGUGCACGGUGUGUAUUUGGGGUCCUGUCUCUGUCAUCUCUCUAUAGCCAGCACAGCCCAGUUAAGUUGCAGGUAGUACUUAGGGAAUGCAAUUCACAAGUGUCAUUUGAGCCUUGCCCUUCCCAGGGAAGAGCUGAUGUUCAUUACAAAUGAAUACAAGAGACAAAGUGAGUUCUGCUUACCCAGAAAUGUUUGAGCCCACGCACUGUUUAUCCUUGCGAAGGAAGACACCGUCAUAAGCUUUUCCCUCGCUUUUCAUUAGAUACAAGAAAGUUUAUCAACUGUUUUCCCAAUUAGUGUCCAUACUUUAACAGCCCUAACCUGGUACCUAACCUGCCAGAAAUGUGUUGUUCUCGCCAUAGGAAAAAAAUUUCAAUUUCUAGAUUUCCCUACCCAUUAGUAGUUGGUUAGUUGACUUUAACCAAAAGCAUGGUCAAGCUUCUGAGUAGAAUUUGAAAGUCAGGCAUGUUGUUAAAGAAGUGCUUUGGUGGCACAUCAAGGCUGCAAGGACUUUGGAGGCUGUUUGCACCUUUGAUUAGUUCUUUGUUUGGAAAUUCUGUACUCUUAGUGUUGGGCCCACCUCCGCACACAUACGUAGUGUUAUCCCAUUGGAGAAAUGAAUUUGUGUUUGUUGAUUUGUUUGUUUAGUACUGGGAUUCAAGCAGCAUUGCACAUGCUAGGCAAGUGGUCCACUCUUGAGCUACAUACCCAGUCCUUCUGUUAGAGAAAUGAGACACUGAAUUAUAUAUAGCACAGAGUAAGUCUACGAUAGAGAAAACCAAAGGAAUUUUGCAUGAUUCUAAAAUAUCCUUGUAACCAUUUGCAAUUGUCAUUAAAACGAAAGACCAGUUUGCAAAGCCUUUUGACACUGAAUGAAAUCUACCACCCAACAAUGAAGAUGAAUUAAUGACAAUGAGUUUGGAGUGAUUUUAAUAACCACCUUUAAGUGAAUGUCACUGGGGUUAUUUUACAUGUCCAUUGACUAUGGUUAACUAUAGCUGAGUUUAUGAUGGACUCUGUAGUAGUCUAAGAGGGUGGAACACAACAGUGAUAUCCCUUUUUCUUUCCAUCCCUUACCCCUCCCUUUUAUCUUCCUCUCUUUCUUCACACUGUGCUAUAUAUCAGCUGUAUUGGAGGGGUGAAGCUUCAGUUUCACCAUGCCACACUAAAGGAUUGUCUCUCCCUUUAUUUCAUUUUACUGUAUCAGAAUUCUUCUAUAAUUGAAACUCUUCACUUUUACAACACUGCCCUUGAAGUGUCAUUUUGACACUUUCAAUUUGUCAAUUAAUAUUGCUAUAUGUAACAUAAGCUGGUGUUAAGAGGGCCACUUGUACAUGAAGCAAAAGGAAUUGUAAAGGUUGGAAAUUCAUUGUGUAAUCUCUUGAACAAAAAAGAAAAGAAAGGUUUAGCAGAUGAUUCUGUUAUUGAGGUGAAUAUUAACUCUUUUAAUAUAUUGAAUUAUUUCGUUUUUCCAAAGUGCUGGGGUGAUUGCCCGGGAUCUCUACAAAACUCUGUAGGACCUAGGAGGAAUCCCUAUGUUUCUUCUGUCAUCUUGCCCUAAGGACUUGCCCAUAAUAAUUAUUCUCAACAAAGUGUGCUUUCAUAAUGAGAGGCAGAAUUCAGUCUUCUAGGUAAUGCUGACUUUCAGUGUUACCUGCACAAAUGAGACAAAUAAAGAGCCACUGCUAUUGAAAUGUUACCGUAGGGUUCUAUACUCAGUGGAGAGCAAUUUUAGCGUAGACUUCUCUUGGGUACAAUGCAGAUUUAUAAUUUGGGUAACAAUGAAUUUCCUAAAAAUAUACAAAAACAACCUCACAUAGGCCAGAAUCAGAAAUCUUCUCUGCAAAAUCCAGGGUUCCUUUUGUCCCAUAUGAUCCUUCUACAUACUGGAAUUUAGAAUGAACUAUUGGAAGAAAACAAUAGUAACAGAGAUCAUUUUAAAUGAUACAAAUAGCAGAUAACUUGACCCCAAAUGAGAUAUAAUCAAGGCCUUCACUUUGGUACAGUGUUCUAGCUAAGCUCCAAACAAACAGCUAUAAUUAAACAAAACAAUAAAAUGUUUGACAUGGUGAAUGCCCACGGAGUACAUUUUUUUUAAAGCAAUCAAAGGUGUAAUAAAAAGAAGAGGUGUAAAACUGAGGACACCUGUCUACCUGAGAAACACCUGCAGUGACAAUAUAUUAGCUGGAUUCAAACAAUGGGCAACACAAACAUCUACAGACAAAGAACUUGUGGAAGAGUGCUUGCAAAUGUUUACAGUAUAGAGCACAAUUAGAUAAGUCUGGACAAUAAGUAUUCUCUCAAUACAUUAAUAUGGAGGCAUUUCUUCUGCAGAGGAAUGCUGGGAAAUUUUUAAUGGGAGUGAUAACUUGAUAACUCAGUAUAUGCCUUUUGAAAUCAUAUCACAUUUGUUUGAUUUUGCUAGUGAAAACUCACCUGUCCUUUCUAGUAAAAUUAAUUUCAGUCCUCUUACUUAGAAAAAUGCACUUGAAAAGAAGUUUUAUACUAUCUACAAGGACAGCUGCAUCUCUACGUCACUACCUAUAUUGUUGCCAAGUGUGUUGUUAGAUUCAAAGUAGUCUAGAUUCAGAAUAAUUCAGAAAAUACUCAUGAAGUCCUCAAAUAUAAAAGUUGAUAAAUACAAAUUCCAUCUUUUAACUAAACAAAAAUGUUAGGUUAUAGUGUUUUCUUUCUAUUAAAGUUUCUAGAAAUUUUUGAGUACAUCAGGAAGUUAAGAAAGCAUCCAAUUUCAAGCUUACUGUCAAUCAUUCUUCUCUGUUUCUCUUGUGAUAUGAGUGUGACCUCUAAAUGUGCUAGAAGAUACAUUAUAGUCCUAAUAUUCCCACAUGCCAUCUGAGAUUGGGAAAUCUUGUAACAUAAAUAUAACAUGUACACUCCUCAUGAAGUCUCUUCCUCAUAUAGGAUAAGGAACCUGCAACUGAACACAGAGGCCUAUUCCUAUAACCUUUCACUGCAGACUAAUUUCAAAGAUAAUUUUUUAACUCAUUAUAAAUGGAAAACCUAAAACUGUGAAUAUGUAAUUAAGUUCCCACUGGACCCUUCCUGUCUCUUAAUAAUAAUGUUCUCCAGAUUCAACAGCAAGCUGCUGAAGAGACUAACCUUUGAUAAAGGGAAAGAUGAUCCCGGGUUCUUAAACCUUCACUUUGGGGACUGGAGAGACGACUCGGACAAUAACUGCUUGCAAUGCUAACAUGGAGCUCUGGCUUCUGAGUACCUACACCCACAUAAAAAAGCCAGGUAAUGGGAUAACCUUGUAAUUCUGGUGCCAGAGAGAGAGGGUCCCUGGGGCUCUCUGGCCAGCAUGGCCAGCCAAAUAUGCAAGCUCCAGGUUCAAUGGUAGUCUCUGUCUCAAAAAAGUAAGGUAGAAAGAUUGAGAAAGAUAACCUAUGUUGACUUCUGGACUCCACAUCCAUUCACUCCUAUUAAUGUGCACCAACACACACACACACACAUACACACACACACACACCACCACCACCACCACCACCACCACCACCACCACCACCACCACCACCAACCACCUCACUCUCUAGGUGAUCUCAUCUCACCUAAGUGAGCACUCAGUAUCCUCUUAACUGACUAUAAUGUUCAACUAGAUGACGAAGUCAAGCUAACCCAUCCAAGCAAACUCCAGUUACUCUCACUUGUGAAAUGUGAAGCUCCCAGUAAUCUCCCCACCCUUUCUUCCUAGUAGGUUACCCUACAUGUAAAUAGACUAACGUAUUCUUUGGGAUUUUAGUUAAAGUUAUAGUUUAAUUUCCACCAGAGUCAUUUCUUCAGCCUUCCUACUUCCCCAAAUGCUCUUAUCUUCUCUGGUGUCUCAUUUUGAUGCUAGGGAUUGUAGUUCCCAUGGAUACAGACCUCUGUACUGAGGCAAUGUGAAAGAAAUGAGAUCCGAGAAUUUUCCUGGUGAAAUCGACCAUUCUGGUUUAGUAUUGCAAUAAGCAGUUCUCUGGGUGGGCAAAAUAGGCACCAGAACCUGAAUUUGAAUGAAACCCAUAUGUUUUAAUCAGCCUAUCCUUGGUUAAGGCAGCCUACCAAAUAUACUGUCAGUGAUCAAAUGGCCAUUGUUGUUGCAUAAUCAGAAAUUGUUCAGUGGUUAGAAAAUCAAAUGCACCCGGUUAAAAAGAAUAUAGCUUGCACAGGAUUUCAAUAUUUUUAGGAAAAAAAAUGACUGCAGCAUCAGAUGUAUUUACCUGUGUAUCACACAUCAGGAGGCAACAUGUAUUCACAGGAAAGGUCUGCAUCUUCUUUUAUGGCUCUUUCCACCUGGUUAUUGCUAAGUCUCAAAGCCUGGGACUAGUGGCUGAAGUGCCUAUUUAACAUAACAUAUUAACUUGGACACCAGCUUCCCCAGCAUCCCUCAGUCACCACCUGUUACAGGGUAUGGCUAGCAUAUCUUGUCCCCUGCCCUUUACCCUGAAUUCUCCAGUCCAGAGGCAGGGCUGUCCUACCCCCAGCUGCCCUUCCCUAUAUAAUCCAACAUUUUGGUUUCUCUGUUCUCUUUUGGGGACUUCUGGCUGCUGCACCUGGUUCCCCUGUUCCCCCUCUCCCUUCCCCUCACUCCUCUCUCAUCACAUGGCUCAGGGUCAUUUCUACUCUGGACUCUCCCAGAUGCCCUUGCCUCUGACUAUGUUCUCCCUGUAUCUACAUAAACCUCUUCCACCAUAUCUAGGAAUGGUCAUGUUCUUUCCUUUUUUAUGUCCUUUUUUUUCCAUUCAGUUAUAGAAAGUUUAGGAUUAGGAUUUUGUGUUUUACCACAAAGUAACAAGAGGCAGAGUGACACAUGAUGUAUGUGCAGAGUAGUCUGAGUUUUCAUUUUUGAGUCAUUGAAUCAAAUUAGGAAAGAGAACAUGGAUGUUAUUAUAAGGGCGUGUGUAACAGAAUGUGCCCAAAAGCUAAGUUUCUAGAUAUUCAAAAGAUAAAGAAUUAGAAUGAGAGGCCUAAAUAAUUCUUCUUUUCUUAAGCAAUCCACAUAAAAAGAACUUUUUCUUAAAAUAAAUAUGAAAUAGGUUAAAAUAUGAAUCAUUUUACAAAUGAAUACACCCUCAUAAAGUACAAAUUACCCUUUCUUGAACAAUCCAAAAUAAAGAAGGUAACACUAACAGAAAUACUGCCUCCAAACAGUACCCAUCCAGAGAGACUCUCAUCUCUAGGUAGUAGGUGCUCUGUGGGACUAACCCUCUUGCCUGUCCUGGGAGGGUGGAUUGCUCAUGCUGUCUUACGGCAUCCCCACUCCCGUGGGAAACUUCUCUGCCGGGAACAAAAUACCAGGAGGAAAUAAGAAGUGUAGACAGACUAUUUCUAAAGAAACAUGAGUAGGAAAGACCAGAGGGAGGGGAAGGAAUGUGAAUGUUAUUUGCAGAGAUAUAUAACUUUUAUAGACAGUGUGUGAUGGAGAUGGGGAGAGUUUGGGAUUCUAUGAAGAUUAAGUGGACUCAUUCUGAGGAAGAUUUAAAGAUUUUUAAGGAUAGGAUUGGACAUUUGUCUUGAUGCCUUGUUAGUUUGGUAAGGUCAUGUCAGAGGCAAAAGAAUGAUCUAAAUAAGUCUUGACUAUGAUUUAGUAAUGUUUUAUGCAGUGUUUCUCAAUGCUUUAAGAAGCAUACAUUUAACCAUUCCCCAGGCUGAUGCAAGUUUAUCCUCAGUCCAACACCCAACAGCAUUUCCACCCACUCAUCUAACAACUACUGUUUAAGUAGCUGUGAUGCUCCAAGCACUGUUCUAUGUUCUGAGGUCGCAGCAGCUGACAAAGCAAUGGUCUAUGUUCUAGUGUCAGCUCUGCUACAUGACAACUAUCACCUGUGUUGUAGUCUCAAUAAUCUUAUAGGAAGUACAUCAACUCCACAUCACAGGUAAGAAAAAUGGAGGAUUACAAAAGAUGAUCUUGUUCAGAGAUUGGCUUGAUUUUGUUUUAUUACAUUUCAAGUUCUACACUGAGCCCUCAUACCAGCCAGGCUGUUCAUGAAAUUAGUCUAAAAUUUUCAAUUGCUAAUAAUGUGAUACACUUUUCAAAUCAUGGCUGUUUUCUGUGAAGAAGAGGGGGAAAAGAGAAAAGUUUCAAAAUUAUUAAUGCUUAGCCUACAUCACUCAAGGAAAAUAGGAGUCAUAUAAAUAUUAAGCUGCAUAGCGUUAUCUCCCAGAGCUGGAUAUAGAACAUGAUGGUAUAAGAAUGUCUAUAUAUAUUUUGAUUGUUUGAUAUCCAGGCACAUUGUUUAUGUUACUGUAGAAGGGAAAGCUUCCAUGGAAAUAUCUUCAUCAGCACUUGUUCAUCAUUAGUCAGUGAAAACCCAUUUGGGGCAAUAUUUCUUUAUCCUUUUCCUGCUGGUAUACAGAUUUAAACCUGUGGGUUGCAAAAGGUUAAGCCAACUGUUCAUCAAAUAAGGUAGUUUUCCUGAACUUCAGACUUAAACUGUAGUUAACAUGUUCUCUUCUUUGUGCACAAAAUGUAUGUGUAGUGCAUGUGCCCAAUUACAGGUAAACUGAGUCCUUUGCCUGCCCAUAAUACUCUCUGAAGUCUGAAGGCCCCCCUUUUUUUUGCCUGUUUCUGGACCAGUUUCCAGAUCUUGGGACCUAGAGAGUUAACUGGAUUUCUGAUUCUUCUCAUGAUAAAACCACCAAAGUUUCCUCAAACUAGGAAUGUGUUUCUUUGGACUCCUCACUCUUGUUCCUGAUUUUCAUGAUAAUCCUUCUUUUCAGCUGCAGGUGCAGGAAUUCCACAAGGAAAGAAUUGUCCUUUAAGUAAGCACACAUCUUCAAAAAUCACAUCUAAUUACCUCCUAGAACAAGCAAACACCACUUAAAUAAUGUUAGCGGAAUGGUCCUCCUGCUUCCAUUUCAAUUGGUGUAUUUUCUAAUCCUAAUGGUUUCUACCCUGGGCAUGUUUCAGAGGGAUGCUUAUGUUUAGUCCUGGGUAUUUGUUCGUAAAGGUCUGUUGCCUCUCUUUAAAUACUUUAAAGGCUCAUUUCAAUAGUUAUAUCCCUAGUUCAGAAACUUGUGGAAAUUUUGUUUGCUCUUUUUGUUUUUUCCCUAUUGGGAGAGCCAGAGAUUUGGCAGCCCCAGGCAAACCCUUGGUGUCUGAGUCUCUCUCUGUAUUAUCCCCUAAGAGGGCAGCUUAUCUGAGUGGUUUUCUUUGACCUUGGCCUGUCAAUAUCAGAUUUGGAUCAGAGUGUUUACUCAAAAACAAAGGAGUAUCUCUGAGAUAUUAGUGCAUUCUCUCAGUUAAAAAGAAUUUUCCUCCUUCCCAAGGCUUUAAGUAUAGAAUUAACUUUACAAUAGACUGCAGAGAAAGUAUUCCAUUGCCUGCCAAACCUUCUGUCACGAGAGUUUUCUAUUCUUCCGUGUUGGUAAACAGUGUAUCCAUAGGGAAUAAAUAACAGCACUUCAGCAACUGUCUGAUGGGGGUAAGAUGUGCUGUCGGUGUGGUUGAAGCUUCUUUUUAUAUCGUGUGGUUCUUCCAGAGAGCAUUUUCCAAAUGACAGCAUCAUCUGUCCUCUGUAGCUACAGCUAACAAGCCCAGAAAACAGAGCUGGAUGGAUGCUUUCUCCAAAUUUAGUGCUUAAGAGUUGAGGAUGAAAACAAAAUUUUCUUUGAAAAAACUGGGUGAUUAAAUAGUAAUUAAAAUUUCUAGUGAAAAAUCUUCAGGAUUCCUUUAGUUUUCAUUUUAAUUAUGACUACUUGCUUUAUGUACUCUUGCAAGCAAUGACUUAAUAGCUUAAACUUGGUGGCAUCUCUGCUGCAAUAUGCACAUUGUAAUUUAGGAUAAAGACAGCCUUGAGAUAGCCUAGGUGAAAUGAAAUUGGUCAACAAUAGUCCCCUUCAUUGCAGAAAUACCUUGAGAAUGCCACUGGGUACCAUCUGAAGUGUUUUAAACCAUUUUGUUUGUAUCUCUCCCCUUGCUGUGUAGAGGCAGAGCGAGGCUGGUGAACUGCCUAUUAUAGGAAUGGACAAUUCAAAGCAGUUUUGUGUUUUAGCUACAGAUAAAGUCUGGCAAAGAGCACUGUCGACCUUUUUGAUCCAUCUUUGUCUUCUAAGCCAUUCUCACCAAUCAAUAAAGUACUUCUGUGGAGAUAGGAAGUGAUCUAUAAUACUCAGAACCUUGACACAGAAGACUGGAUACUCCUUGUUUGAAGUUCUGCAUGUUUUUUUUUUUUUUGUGUGUGUGUGUGUGUGUAUGUGUGUUUAAUUGAAGUAAUUGAUCUAUUGUUCUCCUUAUGCUCUGGGUUGUGCUAUUAAUACAUGUAACACUGGGUUGGAUUUGAAGUUAUGUAGUAUGAGUUAUGCAUUCACUUGAUUUCUCAUUUCUACACCUGUCAUUUUGUAGUUCAUUACAAAAUUGCUCAACUGAUAAUUAAACCAUGUACAUUAAAGGAAUGAAACUGAAA